AGUUAUCUUGAAUACAGUUAGUUAUGUCAUACUUAGUUAUAUAGUUAUGUCAACACUGAUGUUGGCAGAGGUGUUUUCUCAUAAACCUGGGAUUAAAUAUUAAUCUCCUGGUGGAACAAGGAGGAGCCAUACUGACAAAAGCGUUUUUAUGCUUCAUUUAAAUGUGUACCUUGCACCCUCACAACACCCAGGCCUCAGAAGGAUCAUGAGAUUCACCGCAGAAACAGUGGAUGCACCCGAUUUACCAAAAAAGUUCACCUUCAACCCGAAAGAAGGCAUUGACAAUCCUGCUUUGGUGAUCUCUGAUGACAAAGAGCCAGAUGUGCAGCCGCGGCUGUGUGUCCUGAGGCGGGAGGAGGGCCAGGGCUUCGGCUUCUACCUGAGCCGGGACGCGGGACGCCGCAGAGGGCAUGUGGUGCGGCAGGUGGAGCCUUGGAGCAGCGCAGAACGGGCUGGACUGAGGGUCGGAGAACAUGUUUUGGAGGUCAAUGAGGACUUUGUGGAUGACAAGGAACACUCGACUGUAGUGCUGAAGGUGCAGGCGUCUGGACUGAAGCUCUAUCUGUUAGUUCUGAGUGCUCAGGAUUAUGAGUUUGCAGUUUCGGAGGGAAGAGACCUUGUGUCGCUUGCCAGAUCUUAUCGUCCUGAGGGCUGCUCUCGCCCGCGGUUAUGCCACAUCACUAAAGAGCCUGGCAGCGGUUUGGGCCUCAGCAUCAUUCCUAUUGAAGGAGCACGAGGCCGAUAUCGCCUGAGCCCAGUGACUGAUGGUCCAGCUGAAAGAGCAGGCGUCCAGAAUGGAGACAGGCUUAUCUGGAUCAAUGGAGUCUCGAUUUCUGUCAUCUCAUAUGCAGCACUGGCCAAAAUGGUGAAGAAAUGUGAAAAGCAUCUGACCGUCUUGGUAAUUGACAGCAGGAGUGAAGAGAUUUAUAAUCGCAUGGGAUUACCCAUAAUUCCUGCUUUUGCCGAAACCCAUAAUCUGCCCUACAGACCAAAAACACUCCACCUGACUCAAGGAUCACAGGGAUAUGGGUUCCUCUUAAGGCAAGAGAAGUUACGAUCAGGACGCAUUGCUCAUGUAUUACGAGAGAUCGACCCCUGCAGCCCAGCUGAGACUGCAGGAAUGGAGGAUGGAGAAAUUGUGCUCGCGGUGAACGGAGAGCAGGUGGAGGAUGCGGAGCAUGAGGGCAUCGUCAGCAAAAUACGGCAAAGCGGCCAGCAGGUCACCCUCACCACCAUCUCCAUCGCUGGCAGAGACUUUUACACACAGCUGGCGAUGUCUCCAUUGCUGUUCUAUGACGAUCACAUACCAAAGUGUGAACCGUUCACUACACUGGCUUCACAACAUCCUGAGGGACACCAAAAUCCCCCGCAUCCUCGACUUUGUGAGCUUCAUAAGGAGGGUACGGGAUUCGGCUUCAACCUUGGCUGUGUUGAAAAUAAGCCUGGGACUUAUAUCAGCCAGGUGGUGUCUGGGAGCACAGGAGAGAAAGCCGGGCUGCGUAAAUGGGAUGUGCUGGUAGAAGUGAAUGGACAGAAUGUUGAGGAAGAAUAUUUUGAUGAGGUGGUGAGACUGAUAAAAGGAGGAGGAUCACCUCUCAGGUUGCUGGUGGUGGAUGGACUGCAUUAUGAGAAAUUAAGAAACACCAGGCAGACCAUAAAUUCGGGACUUAAUAACAAGGUUCCAGACGCUUCACAAGAUGAUUUUGUGUGAAUAUAGUAGUCAGGUACAGUUUUAAGAAUGUAUUUUGUUCAUUUAAAAGGGGUGGUCCACUACAAAAUCAUAUUUUAAACUUUAUUUCAUGUGUAAUGUAGCUGUGUGAACAUAAACAACAUCUCUGAAUGUAAUGCGCUCAAAGUUCAAUGCAAAGGAAGACAUUGGCUUUUACAGAGUUAGCUUAGCAAAGCCUACAGCGAACGAAGUUUGGAGAUUACAAAAAAAAUACAUCCGGGUCAAUGAAAUCAUGAACCCUUCAGGUUAAGCGCAUACACCCCAUGCAGUGAAGGGGCAUGGCCAGAGGUGCUGUAAUGUUAUAGCAGAGAAAGCUAAAAUGCAGUCCAAACACUGCUAUUUCCACAGAGCUUCUUCUGUUUCUGUAUUUGGGCUUCCAAAAUACACAACACAAAGAGAGAAGUGCUUACAGUUUAAAUUUAAUUAUGUUACAGAGAAUUCUAAAAAUAUAUAUAUAGGUAGCAUUUGACAAAGAACAGCUUCCAGAAUCUCUUCUAGUUCAGUGCUGGAUUCGGCUAAAAACUCCUUUAAGAAAGAGCAGCUCCAACCAUAAUAGACGAAGCUGUGGAUUGUGAGCCACAACCUGUAAGUAUUUUUAUUUGUUAAAAUUGAUCGACUACAUGCACAGUUUCUAGCGUUAAUGGUAUGUUGUAGCGAGGACAUAAAAAAGGAUGUAAACAAUGGGAAAUGCUGUUUGGCACCAUUAAAAAUGUAGAUACAAAUUCAUAUUUAUCAAUCAAACUGCUGUAAACAGCCACAAUCUUCAGCAGCGCUGCAGUGUCUCUCUAUAUGGCUGCUGUCCGUGCAUUAUAGAUCUCAAGUAACGAACUUGCAAAAGAUAUGUGAACAUUUCAUAUUACUUACAUAUGCUCAUUAUCCAAAUAUAUAUUUAGGAGACACUUGUCAAUUUUUAUUUUAGAGAACAGUCGUGAGGUUCAGCUGCGUCCUUUUCAUUUUCUACCUGAUUCAGGUUAACCGAUACAACUAACAGCCACACUGACUGACAGUGUGGCAAAGCACGUGCUAGUAGAUGUGGAGCCGAUCCACGAAUUACAGCACAUAAUGUUAGCUGACCAAUCAGAGCCUCUUGAGGGCGGGCCUUUCAGAGAAACAAGGAAAUAUGACAGUCGUUUUCAUGUUAGCCGAGUAGCUGUAUAUAAUCAAAGUAAGAUGUAUGAAAAGAUUUAAUGAUUUUUACAAAUGAAGCAUGAGCACACAUUGCUUUGCAUCUUUUAAACACAACCAAGCCUUAAAAUACACUCUGGACCACCCCUUUAAAUAUUUAUGAAAAGAUUAAAUUGUAAUGUUUUUUUUUACUUCUCUCUACUGGAGAACACAUAUUGUUUAUAUGGCUAAAAAGUCAUUUAAAUAGCUUGAUGUAAAUUUACAUUGUUUUAUGUUGUGCAAAGAUGUUUACAAAAGGGUGAACAUUGCUUGUCAA